AUGUCUCUCUCAAACAAGCUAUCCAUCACCGAUGUUGACCUCAAGGACAAGCGGGUCUUGAUCAGAGUCGAUUUCAACGUCCCCCUCGACUCUGACAAGAAGAUCACGAACAACCAACGUAUUGCCGGAGCCAUCCCAACAAUCAAAUAUGCGAUCGACCACGGAGCCAAGGCCGUGGUCCUCAUGUCCCACCUCGGCCGCCCAGACGGAAAGGUACAGGAGAAGUACUCGCUGAAGCCCAUCGUGCCGGAGCUCGAGAAACUGCUGGGCGGCAAGAGCGUAGAGUUCGCCCCCGACUGCGUCGGCAAGGAGGUUGAAGAUAUCGUCAACAAGGCCAGCGGUGGCCAGGUGGUUCUCCUAGAGAACCUGCGCUUCCACGCAGAGGAGGAGGGCAGCUCCAAGGAUGCGGAUGGGAAGAAGGUUAAGGCGGACAAGGCUAAGGUCGAGGAGUUCAGAAAGGGACUCACUGCUCUCGGGGACAUCUUCAUCAACGAUGCUUUUGGAACUGCGCACCGUGCUCAUAGCUCUAUGGUGGGUGUUGAUCUGCCGCAGAAGGCCUCUGGGUUCCUUAUGAAGAAGGAGCUGGAAUACUUUGCCAAGGCCCUCGAGAACCCCCAGCGUCCCUUCUUGGCUAUCCUGGGAGGAGCCAAGGUUUCCGACAAGAUCCAGCUGAUUGACAACCUGCUCGGCAAGGUCAACAGCCUGAUCAUCUGCGGGGGCAUGGCUUUCACUUUCAAGAAAACUCUGGAGAAUGUCAAGAUUGGCAACAGUCUAUUCGACGAGGCUGGAAGCAAGACUGUCGGUGAUCUUGUGGAGAAGGCUAAGAAGAACAAUGUUGAGCUUGUUCUUCCAGUCGACUACAUCACUGCCGACAGCUUCUCCAAGGACGCAAAGACCGGCGCUGCUACGGAUGGGGAGGGCAUUCCUGAUGGGUGGAUGGGUCUGGACUGUGGACCCAAGAGCAUUGAGCUCUACAAGGCUGCAAUCAGCAAGGCUAAGACCAUCCUCUGGAACGGUCCCCCAGGCGUGUUUGAGUUCGAUGCUUUCGCAGUGGGUACUAAGGCUACCCUCGAUGCCGCAGUCGAUGCCGCACAAAGCGGGAAGAUUGUCAUCAUUGGUGGAGGUGACACUGCAACCGUCGCUGCGAAGUACGGGGUCGAAGACAAGCUCAGCCAUGUGUCUACCGGAGGCGGCGCCUCUCUCGAGCUGCUCGAAGGCAAGGAGCUCCCGGGUGUCACUGCUCUUUCGAGUAAGUAA